CUGAGAGACAUUUGGCGCUAGUAUGACGGCGGCUCGGUUUGAGGAGUAGCUUGUGUAACCAGCUGCUUGUUUUUAACAUAGAUUUUACAAAGCUUCACCAAUAUAAGACGUGUUUCCUGUUUUAAGACUAAAAAUGCCCAGCACACGCUCCCAGAAUCAGCCCACCCUACAGUUCCCCAGGCGCAAGUCAUCCAGAUUGGGUCCUCGGCCCAAAGUCUCCUCUGAGAACACAGCGGACAUACAGGCAACCCCGCUGUCCCCUAGAAAGACAAAUGUGGUGGAUCCAAGAAAUAUCCCACUUUCUCCUAGGAGCUCUGUGUUGAAAACCACCUCUUUGUCUGAACGCUUGCCUCUGAGUCCUCGCAAACGCACCGGUGAUGAGAACGGAUGCAACCUCCCAGCUUCUCUGCUUGGUUCUCCCCCCAAACAGAGUCGUCCUGCGACAUGCUCUCCCCGUAAACUGUCCUUCAACGAAAACACGCCUGUCUUCUCUCCUCUUCGUCCCAUCCCAUCUUCACCAAAAAUUCCUCUCUCUCCCAUCUCUCGUCCGUCGCCGAAAAAGCCCCAGGAGUCUGCCCGCAUCAGUCUGUUUCCACAGACGGAGGGGAAGAAACCAGUUGCACGACUCGUUCAUGUUAAAAACUCAGAAUAUCAAAGUGUAAAGCAGGCCCUUCACACCGCAGUGCCAGAGCGUCUCCUUUCCCGUGAAGCAGAGAGAGGCGCCAUUGUGUCCUUCCUGGAGAACCAUGUGGUGAAAGCUAAACCAUCUAGUCUUUACAUUUCUGGAGCUCCUGGUACAGGAAAGACGGCUUGUUUAAACUGUGUCCUACAAGAGCAGAAGGCUCUAUUGAAGGGAGUUCAGACGGUAGUCAUCAACUGUAUGAAUCUGCGUAGCUCUCAUGCAGUCUUCCCCUUGUUGGGUGAAAAGCUGGGUGUCCCCAAAGGCCACAGCGAGGCUCGGCUACAGAAACUUCUGACCAGCUCAGGGCCCACUGUCCUGUUGGUUCUUGAUGAGAUGGAUCAGUUGGACAGCAAGUCCCAAGAGGUGCUCUACACGAUCUUUGAGUGGCCUUACCUGCCCAAAUCUCGCCUCUGUCUUAUCGGUAUCGCUAACGCUCUAGACUUGACGGACCGCAUUCUGCCUAGACUCCAGGCCAAGCCGCAUUGCCGACCCAAACUGCUCAACUUUCCCCCCUACAGCCGCGAGGAGCUCAACGCUAUCGUCCAAGACCGACUCGCGCUGGUGUCAGGUGAAGGUCUUAUGGACGCAGCAGCUGUUCAGUUCUGCGCAAGAAAAGUCUCAGCGGUGUCUGGAGAUGCUCGCAAAGCUCUUGACAUCUGCAGGAGAGCUGUGGAGAUGGUAGAAGCAACAGACCGGUCUAAAGCAACAUCUGAACCUUCAGCCAGUCCUAAAGCGUCACGGGUGAGCGUUCCUCAAGUGGCCCGGGUAUUGUCUGAGGUAUACGGUGACCGCAUGGCAUCCAGCAGCGGGGAGGACGGCGAGAGUUUUCCUCUGCAGCAGAAACUGCUUGUAUGCUGCCUGCUUCUGGUUAUUCGUAAUGGAAAGAGCAAAGAGGUCCAGUUGGGAAAACUGUGUGAAGUGUACAGUAAGCUGUGUAAACGGAGGCAAGUGGGUGGAGUCGGGCAGACUGAGUGUUUGUCUCUCUGUGGUCUGCUGGAGAGCAGAGGAAUCUUCACUCUCAAAAAGGCCAAAGAGGCUCGACUGACUAAGAUCUCGCUGAGGAUUGAAGAGCGAGAUGUGGAGAACGCUUUGAAGGAUCGAACUCUCCUUGGUAGCAUUUUAGCGGCUGGCCUGCCAUGAUGCUGAUGCAUGUAGUUUUUAAAUUUUAUUUAAUUUUAGGUCUGUGUAAAUAAUUAUAUCGCUCCUUUAUGAAAGUCUCAUUUAAAAUGAGAUUACUUGCUUGUUUGGAGGAUGAUUUGAUCCAAAAGGGUUUAUUGAAUUUUAUGUUUGUGUCAAACGUUUUUGCAAGAUUAUUUUAAUUUUUUUCAAAUGCCACACCUUCUUUAAACUUUUAAGAGAAGUAAGUGCCUUUUUGUUUUGUGCAUGAACUUUUUAAUUUCGAUUUGAACAUUUAGGCUAUACAUUUUAAUAAAGAGAAA